CAUUCAACCACCUCUUCAGCCUGGUAGCCAACAUACAACCGAAAACAUUAAAGCGCUUUAGGCCAUUUUUGUGUAUAUUGAUCUCGGUGUUUUUAACACAAUUCUCUUUACGUAUCUACUAUUUAACUUAAAGUAAUUUGCUUGUUAAAUGUACAAAUGUGUUGAUUAUACCGAGUCUAGCACUAAGCUUAUCGUUAAUGCUAGCUAGCCCGACCAUGAACUCACUGAACGACUACCCUCCUGUUAAAGAAGAGGCGGUCUGCUGGACGGAGAAAGAAGCUCAGGGGCUGAACAUUGUCCUGAAAGAAGAGAAGGGGGAUAUUACAGUGAAAGAAGAGAAAGAACAUUUUAGAGUGAAGGAGGAAGAGGAGACUGAAGAUCUGAUUAACACCAGAGAGAGACCAGACUCUCACUCUGACAGCGGAAAGAGUCCUUCAGUGGGACCAGACCCAGAGACACCCAAACCAGCGAGACGACACAACUGCUCCCAACGUGAAAUGAGAUUCUCCCUCUCAGGGGACCUAAAACGGCAUGAGAAAAAACACACAGGAGAAAAGCCUUUCCAAUGUUCCCAGUGUGGAAAGAGUUUUACCUGUUUAGGGAAUCUAAAUCGGCAUAAGAAGAUACACGCAGCGGGAAAGCCUUACCACUGUUCCCAGUGUGAAAAGAGUUUUGCCUGGUUAAGGAGCCUGAAGAAGCAUGAGAAGAUACACGCAGGGGAAAAGCCUUUCCAAUACCAAGGGACCAGCCAACCUUUUGAUACAGGAUGCAGUGGUGAGAGACCAGACUCUCACUCUGACAGCGGGAAGAGUCCUUCAGGGGAACCAGGCCCAGUGACACCCAAACCAGCGAGACGACACCACUGCUCCUACUGUGGAAAAAGUUUCACCCGAUUACUACACCUGAAAUCACAUGAGAGAAUACAUACAGGAGAAAAGCCCAACCACUGUUCCCGGUGUGAAAAGAGUUUUAGGUGGUUAACGACUCUGAAACUCCAUGAGAGGACACACACACACGAAAAGCUCUACCACUGCUCCCUGUGUGAAAUGAGUUUUACCAAGUUAGAGGCCCUGAAUGUGCAUGACAGGACACACAUAGGAGGGGAUAAGCCCUACCGCUGCUCCCUGUGUGGACAGAGAUUUAACCGGUUAAGACAUCUGAAUAAGCAUGAAAGAAUACAUACACAGGAGGAGAAGACAUACCACUGCUCUCAUUGUGGAAAGACAUUUUCCCAGUCAGAGGACCUGAAAACACAUGAGAGAAUAGAGAGGCUGUGUUCUGACUUGUGUUUUUGACCUGAGAAGUUGUGUGUUUUUUUUGUUUCUGCCAAAUGAAAUCAUUAUUGAAAUAGACCUACUUUUUUGUCUUAGUUAUCAUCUGGAGACUGACAUGACUCUCCUGUGAGGAUCCAAGGGUUUCUAACAUACUCUGUUACACGGAAUCAUGGCUCUCUCUCUCUCCAGAUAUACUGUUGCCAUGACUCCUGUGAGGAUCCGAGGAUCAGGUUACAGUGGAUCAGCGUUCA